AUGUCUGUACCACCAGAAUUUUCCAAGAAGGACUCUUCGAGUUCUCUGACAAGCGCCCAUUCAGAUUCCGCCUCAAAGGUCGAAUUACACAACAACAAGAAUAACAUUUUAGAUAGAGUCACGGUCUUCGCCAAGACUUUCCCGCGCAGACUCUUCCAAACAAUAAGAAGAAACAAAGCAUAUCAAUUACUUGCCCUUCUGCUAAUACUACUGCAAGUCAUAUUAGUCACCAGACCAGACUCCAUCACUGACACGGUCGGAUAUUAUUCAGCGUCUUUUAGCAACCCUGCAGUCGUUGAACAUAAGAAGGAUCUGCUGAACGUGGAUGUCUCCAAGAUUUUGAGAUUUAAAAGAUGGGCCAAGUCUCCAGUGAGUAAAAAUGUACAAAAGCAAAAAUUCACCUCUAAAUUGGUCACUGGGUUCGUUAAUAAUAUCGAUAUCACUAAGCAAAAAUUGAAACGUAAGAAUAAGAAGGAUCAUCCUCAGGAUUCAAACGUCCAUGAAGGGUACGAAAACUUGGCUUCAUGUGAAGAUUUCGCUUACACUGCUCCAAUGGAACAUGCAGAUUGGAGUGAUAUCUUACAGGAUGACUUGAUUACCGCUAGACGUGAAAUGAUAAAGAAAGGUGGACUCAUGGCUAAGGAAGUUCAACAUGAAAGUGAAAAGGAUUGGUCUGAAGAGAAAAUCAUUAAGGAACAUUUUUUCAGAUUUGGUAGUUCUGCUGUUUGGUUGGAAUCUGAAGAAUGUUUUGUCAUGUAUACAAGAGUCAUGUAUUCAUUUAAGGGUAGUAAAAGAGAUGAUCAUUUUUCUUUCCUAAGAGGCCAAACUUUUGAUAGAGAUUGGAAUGAAAUUAAGGGUAAACGUAUCCCAUAUAAUGAUAUGCAAAUUCCAAAUGAUAUCGAACAAGAAAUUAAAUUACUUGAUGCUGCAUUAGAUCAAAAUCAAUGUGAUUCUCUUAAGAAUAAAGACAAUGAAAUGUUCCAUAAAUGUCAAGUGGAACAUACAAAGAAUUUCUUGAAAAACUCUAAAAGAAAAGAAGAGAUUUUAUCCAACUAUUUUAUAACUUAUCCAACAAAUGUUAAUGUUCCCUUUGAUCCAUCUAAGAACAUUCAUAAGGGUCCACAAGAUCCUCGUGUAAUUGUCAGAAAGACAAAUGAUAUGGAGGACCCCAUUAUUGUUUUCAAUAUGUAUGAUGAAGAUGAAAAAAAGAAGAGAAUGUUUGCAUUCCAUCCACAUAGAAGAGUGGAUCCAUUAAUUAAAUUGAUGAUCGAAGGUCAUCCAAUGCGUAAUGACGAAAAAAAUUGGGCCCCAUUCCUACAUGAGCACACCAAAGAAAGUGCAUUAUCUCGAGGUACACUCCAUUUCGUUUACAGUUUGAAACCUUUAGAAAUCUUAAAAUGUUCUCUAAAUGACGGUAAAUGUGAAGUAGUAUUUGGGGCUGACACUUUAGGUCUAGAAAAGGAUAAUUCCUAUGGUGAAAUGAGAGGUGGUUCACAAUGGAUCAAACUUCCUGACGUGCUACCAACUGUGAAAGAUAAGCAAAUAUGGGUUGGAUUUCCAAAGAUUCAUUUGUCACGUAGUGCCUGUCGUAAUCAUUAUUACAGACCUAUGUUAUCCGUCCUUGUGGAAAGCAAUGGUGUCUACAAUAUGGAUCUGGAAGUCCCAGUCCUAGAUUUCGGAUUGGAUGUUGCAUCAUGGGAUAUGAAGGGUAGUUAUUGUGAUUUGUUAAAUGUGUUAAACCCUAAUAAUAUUGCAUACUGGGAUGUGGUAAACCAAGAUCCACACACCAAAAAAUACGAAGAUUAUUUGGCAAUCACAAUGAGUGAAUCUGAUAUUUUCUCUAGAGUUAUGGUCAUAAGAGGUGUACUGGAUUAUAUUCUCGGGGCUUAUAAAGAGAAAGAAAUAAAGGAUAACUUCCAAGUUGAUGAAGAGUCUCCAAUAAUUCUGCGUAAAACUUUGAAAUGUAUAGCAGAUUAUGCUUCCGAACAGGCAAAGGAAUAUUCUGAAAGCCAUCCUCGUUAG